CAGUGCAUUGUGGGUCUACCCCAAGAUGGCGGCGCCCUUGUUGAAGUGCUGAAAAAGUAUCUCCCUGGAUACAUUUUGGGAUUUUUUAAAUACAUUUCACGGCUACUAGUUUACACGAUUAGCCACGGCGACAACGCGGUUGUGUCAGAAGACCCUACAACUAGCGUCAUUGACACCACGAGCCUGACAGCGCGUGGAGUGGUUGUGGCAAAGUGUCCGUGUGAAGAUGGGCCUCGUCUCGAGCCCCUUCCCAUAGCGAAGAGCCGCGGUGGGGAGAGCAACCGCAGAUUUCCUUGCAAACAUAUACCGGUUGAAAUUGGACCUGUCGGGUUUGACAUUGUUUACAAAUUGUGGACGUUACCGUACAAUUUUCUUACAAGAAUUGUCUGUGCGACAGCGUCUAUCAUAGUCAGGAGACGGAGAGGUUUCCAAGCUCGUAUCGAAGAGGAUUCUAGUGACGCGCCAAGGGCCCUCAUGAAAAUGGACUUGGAGCUGCUGCACUCGCCAGCCGUGGGCCCGGCUGAGGAGGAGGAAGCGGACAUGAGCGACUGGAACCUCCCUCUGGCCUUCAUGAAGAAACGCCACUCUGAGAAGAUCGAGGGCUCCAAGGCUCUGGCCCAGAGCUGGAGGAUGAAGGACAGGAUGAAGACGGUGAGUGUGGCCCUGGUGUUGUGCCUGAACGUCGGGGUGGACCCUCCUGACGUGGUCAAGACGUCCCCCUGUGCCAGACUGGAGUGUUGGAUAGAUCCUCUGUCCAUGAGUCCUCAGAAAGCCCUGGAGACCAUCGGGGCCAACCUUCAGAAGCAGUAUGAGAACUGGCAGCCCCGGGCCCGUUACAAGCAGAGUUUGGACCCCACGGUGGACGAAGUGAAAAAGCUGUGCACUUCCCUGAGACGGAACGCCAAGGAGGAGCGCGUGCUCUUCCAUUACAACGGCCACGGCGUCCCCCGGCCCACGGUCAACGGAGAGAUCUGGGUGUUCAACAAGAACUACACCCAGUACAUCCCCCUGUCCGUCUACGACCUCCAGACCUGGAUGGGAAGCCCCUCCAUCUUCGUCUACGACUGUUCCAACGCGGGCAUCAUCGUCAAGUCCUUCAAACAGUUCGCUCUGCAGAGGGAGCAGGAGUUGGAGGUGGCAGCCAUUAACCCAAACCACCCAUUGGCCCAGAUGCCCCUGCCCCCAUCCAUGAAGAACUGCAUCCAGUUGGCUGCCUGCGAGGCCUUAGAGCUGCUGCCCAUGAACCCAGACCUCCCAGCUGACCUCUUCACCUCCUGCCUCACCACGCCCAUCAAGAUCGCCCUGCGCUGGUUCUGUAUGCAGAAAAGUGCCAAGCUGGUGCCCGGGGUGACAUUGGACCUCAUUGAGAAGAUACCUGGGAGGUUGAAUGAUCGACGCACCCCUCUAGGCGAACUCAACUGGAUCUUCACAGCCAUCACUGACACCAUCGCCUGGAACGUGCUGCCUCGAGAUUUAUUCCAGAAGCUCUUUCGCCAGGACUUGUUGGUUGCCAGUUUGUUCCGGAAUUUCCUGCUGGCUGAAAGGAUAAUGAGGUCAUACAACUGCACGCCUGUUAGCAGUCCGCGCCUGCCUCCUACAUAUAUGCACGCCAUGUGGCAGGCGUGGGACCUGGCUGUGGACAUCUGCCUCUCUCAGCUGCCCACCAUCAUCGAGGAGGGUACUGCCUUUAGGCACAGUCCGUUCUUUGCGGAGCAGCUCACCGCCUUCCAGGUGUGGUUAACCAUGGGAGUGGAGAACAGGAACCCACCUGAACAGCUGCCCAUCGUACUGCAGGUCCUCUUAAGUCAGGUCCACAGACUGCGAGCGCUGGACCUGCUGGGACGUUUCCUUGACCUGGGACCCUGGGCUGUCAGUCUGGCCCUGUCAGUAGGGAUCUUCCCCUACGUGUUGAAGCUGCUACAGAGCUCUGCCCGGGAGCUCAGACCCCUACUGGUCUUCAUCUGGGCCAAGAUCCUGGCCGUGGACAGCUCCUGUCAGGCUGACCUGGUGAAGGACAACGGACACAAAUACUUCCUGUCUGUCCUUGCCGACCCCUACAUGCCUGCUGAGCAUCGUACCAUGGCUGUGUUCAUCCUAGCUGUGAUCGUCCACAGCUACACCACGGGACAGGAGGCCUGUCUGCAGGGCAACCUGAUCUCCAUCUGUCUGGAGCAGCUCUCAGACCCACAUCCCCUACUGAGACAGUGGGUGGCCAUCUGCCUGGGACGCAUCUGGCAGAACUUUGACUCGGCCCGCUGGUGUGGUGUGAGGGACAGCGCGCACGAGAAGCUCUACAGCCUGCUGUCUGACCCCAUAGCUGAGGUACGCUGUGCGGCGGUUUUUGCCCUGGGAACAUUUGUGGGGAAUUCAGCUGAGCGGACGGACCACUCCACCACCAUUGACCACAACGUGGCCAUGAUGCUGGCCCUGCUCAUCAACGAUGGCAGCCCUGUGGUCCGCAAGGAGUUGGUGGUUGCUCUGAGUCACCUGGUGGUUCAGUAUGAGAGUAACUUCUGCACCGUGGCCCUGCAGUUCAUGGAGGAGGAGAAGAACUACGCCUUGCCUUCACCUGCCAACACCUUGGAGCCUGGUAACCUGACUCCGGUGAGGGACAGCCCGGCAAUCCCCCGGCUGCGCUCGGUCAACUCCUACACUAACAUCAGAGCUGCCACCACUGUCCGCAACCUCAACAAGAGCCUGCAGAACCUCAACCUCAACGAAGAGGGCGGCCCGCUGGCCUUCUCCCCCGGCAACCUGAGCACCAGCAGCAGCGCCAGCAGCACCCUGGGCAGCCCGGACAACGACGAGUACCUCCUCUCCUUCGAGACCGUCGACAAGAUGAGACGGGUCUCCUCCUACUCCUCCCUCAACUCCCUCAUAGGAGUGUCAUUCAACAGCGUUUACACACAGAUCUGGAGGGUCCUUCUCCACCUGGCGGCUGACCCGUUCCCAGAAGUCUCUGACCUGGCUAUGAAGGUCCUCAACAGCAUUGCAUACAAGGCCACGAUGAAUGCUCGGCCCCAGAGGAUCCUGGACUCGGGAUCCCUCACCCAGUCAGCGCCCGCCAGCCCCACCAGCAAGGGCACGCACAUCCACCAGGCAGGCGGUUCUCCCCCCAUGCCCAGCGCCAGCAGCUCCAGUCUGACCAACGAGGUGCCCAAGCCCCCAGUCCGUGGGGGAGAGCAGCCGCCAGCGCGCCCCCCCCUACACCCCCACGCUGGGCGCCAGGCGCCCCACUCCCACCAGUUCCCCCGGACGAGAAAGAUGUUCGACAAGGGCCCCUCUGGCUCAGAACAGGCGGGUGAUGAUGCUGACGACCCAGGAGGUCACAAGGCCUACAUGAAUGCCAACCUGUCAACGGGGCUCUGUGACUGGAGCGCUAAAUACUUUGCACAGCCUGUUAUGAAGAUUCCAGAGGAGCAUGAUGUGGAGAGUCAGGUGAGGAAGGAGAGGGAGUGGAGGUUCCUGAGGAACACCCGGGUACGAAGGCAGAGCCAACUCAUCACACAAAGAGGCGUGACUCGUCUAGACGACCAGAUCUUCAUCAACCGCAACCCUGGAGUUCCCUCCGUGGUCAAGUUCCACCCCUUCAACCCCUGCAUCGCAGUGGCUGACAAAGACAGCAUCUGUUUCUGGGACUGGGAGAAGGGCGAGAGGUUGGACUACUUCUACAACGGCAACCCUCGAUACACCCGCGUCACGGCAAUGGAGUACCUCAACGGACAUGACUGCUCCUUACUGCUUACCGCCACAGAUGACGGGGCGUUGCGUAUCUGGAAGAACUUUGCAGACCAGCGGAACCCAGAGAUGGUGACGGCAUGGCAGGGUCUGUCAGACAUGCUCCCCACCACCCGAGGGGCUGGCAUGGUGGUGGACUGGGAGCAGGAGACGGGGCUGCUAAUGGCCUCUGGAGACGUGAGGGUCAUCAGGAUCUGGGACACCGAGAGGGAGAUGAAGGUCCAGGACAUCCCGACUGGGGCAGACAGCUGUGUGACCAGCCUGUCAUGUGACUCCCAGCGUUCUCUUAUCGCGGCGGGGCUGGGCGACGGCUCGGUCCGCAUAUAUGACAGGAGGAUGGGUCCCAAUGAGUGCCGUGUGAUGACGUACCGGGAACACACGUCUUGGGUGGUCAAGGCCCACCUGCAGAAGCAGACCGACGGCAACAUCAUCAGUGUCAGUGUCGAUGGAGAUGUGCGUUUCUUCGAACUUCGGUCACCAGAUUCUGUGAACGUGUUGCAGACGGUGAAGGGGUUAACCGCUCUGGACAUCCAUCCACAGGCCAACCUGUUCGCCUGUGGGUCGAUGAACCAGUUCAUAGCGGUGUACAACGCGAACGGUGAUGUUAUCAGCAACAUCAAGUACUACGAUGGUUUUAUGGGCCAGAGGAUCGGGGCUAUCAGCUGUUUGGCCUUCCAUCCUUACUGGCCCCAUCUGGCGGUGGGCAGCAACGACUACUACAUGUCCAUCUAUUCAGCAGAGAAGAGGCUCAGAUAACACCUUAGCAUCCACCCCUGACCACUUUAAAUGUUGGGCUCUCAUCUCUCCCUGGAGCCAGGAUGUAAAUUACUUCUAAUGUACAUAUGCAAUUAAUACUAUCCCCUGAAUGUUCUAUAGUGAUGGCUGCUGAAAAACAAACUUGUGUUAUGAUAAUGACUUAUAAUAUUAUUAUUAUUCUUUAUGGGUUAUUCAUAUUCUUAUUAUUAUGAAGCUGUUGAUUGUAGACUUGGCUGUGCUGAGGAGCGUGUAUAUUUAAUUGCAUAUAUACAGAGAUGAAUUAUAGGUCUAUUUUAACGGUACUGGCCUUGGCUGGGGGCGACAGGCGUUUUCAGUACCUGAAUGAACUCUAAAUGACCUUUAUAUGACCUUUCUGUGACCUCUAUGCAUUGGUCAGUGGGUCUCCAGAGGAGAGUUGGCGAUACAUUUCCCUCUCUCACACGCACACACACACGCACGCACGCACUGGGGAUGCCAGGUGCACGCUCGACCUUAAGGCGUGGUCAUGUGGACGCCACACUAUUGAAAGGCCCACUCACCGUGUCCCCACUGUAGCUACUGGACUUUGCCCUGCUGCUCCAUCACAGGACGGCACAUCUGGUGCGUGAGAGUGUCUGCUAAUGUGACGUGUCCUGAGUGGAUCCACAGACUUGGACGUGUUCUACUGUAGUACUAACCAGAACGUCAGGCCCCUUUAUCUCCGCUUACCAAGCCCACCGCCCUCGGCCGGUUACCUACAGUGUCCCGCCCUCGGAUCUGACGCCCAGAGACUGACCCCGUGUCCUUAGCGCAGGGGCUAGCUAUUGUUCUGCUCUCAACCCGUUGUAAUCCCAAAUCUGCCCCUACUUGCAAAGCAAUAAUGAGGUAGCUAGGAACUGUCACCACGGCCUCAGACUGGACCGGGUGGCCCCGGCCCUGGGACACGCAGACAACACAUUUGGGGUCCUGAACUACGAGCUCCGGAGGCGUAGCCGCGGCCCGCUAGGUCCAUGUCAGUCUCCGGUUUCUAUGGAGACAACCCCAGCCUGAAGGCCUCUGAUUGAUUCUCGCCCCGCCCCCAUUGACAGCAGUGCCAGGUUGUCCUGUGGGGACGGCGUUCUGCUGCUACUUUGCUGCGUCCCAAGCACACAGGUAUCGGAGGACUGUCGGUGGAAUGUCCAGCUAGAACAGCCACAUGCCAACCCCACGCGGCCCGACGCCUGACCCUCACCCGCUUCUGUUUUUGGAGAUAUCUGCUGCCAUUUGCUUUUUUGUUUGAUUUUUCUUAACGUUGAUUUUAUUUGCCAGCCGUGUUUGCAUUGAUAUGAAAGGGAGUUUUAGAAGGUUGAGUCAAAAAACAAGUGACUCCAGUUGGUGUACACCCCACUGGUAAAUAACAUGAGCAAUGAGGCCAAAGAUCCAGUGCUAUAUCAUGAAUACAGAUUGUCCUGAAGCAAUACCGGAUCAUGACUACAUUCACUGCCUUGCGCGUCUUAUUGCUUUUAUAAAUCAUGACUGUUCUAUUUUAAUUAAAACAUUAUUUUGAUAAUUGAAUGCAUUCAAUUUGUAUUCAUCAACUAGAAGACAUAUUCCUAGGGAAAAUCUGGUUGUUAGUCUUUUUGUCAUGUGGCUACUUUUGCUUUUUGCGUAGUUGGUAUGUAAAACGACUGGGUGUAUGUUCUAUAUAUAGGGGUUGCCAUGUGGAUUAGGUUUUCGAUUAACAUUUCCUUGGCUGUAUCUACUAGAGGUAAUCAUUGGAUCCCAAAAUGUUUAUCUAAGAUGACCUGUAUCCGUAAAAAGUCUAACCAUUACCCAAAAUAUAUGUACGUUUUUGUAAAAACAACUCCCAGUCCGUGUGGGAUCCGAAUUCAGAUAUAUCCGAUCCCAAAAAUGUCAGAUGAGGGAUAAUCAGUUUGUGUUGGAUAUGUUUCAGAACCAAAUGUUUCCCAAAAACACAAUGUCUGCUUUAUUCCCUCGCUAACCUACCAAAUUUCUAUAACUUCGGGUGUCUAUGCAUCCUCUGAAAUUUGCCAUGUCUUCUGCUAAAUUGUGCAUUUUCAUUUAUUUUUUAAAGAUGCAGUCUGGGACUUUUGCUAUUAACAAAAUCUUUUUUUAAACCCUCUACUUUGGGCUGGAUGUGUAAUAUGUUGUGUGUAUUUGCAUAGCCCGUAUGUAGAAUCACCAUCAAAUCUCAGUCGGCCGUGAUUUUCCAUGUUUAAGUGUUUUUGAAGAUAUGGGGCAGAAAUCGCCAUCCAUGUCAUAGAACACUCUUUUAAGGGGCUUUUUUGGCUCAACAGCACCACUUUUACAACCAGUGGUCAAAAAUCACACACUGCAACUAAAAAUAGGCUAUUGCUUGAGCAAGCAUUACCUGGCUUGUGCACAAAUGUAUGUCUAUAAAACAGCAUGUGGAAUGUCUGACUGCAUAUGCUCAAAUAAUUAACUGCCCUACAGAGCUGCAGAGCUUCUUAAGGUAAUAAAAAAAAAAAAUGUCAUCCAUGUUUUAUAUCCACUGCAAUUGUAGUUAUACAUCUUUUAAAUUACUUUACAGCAGUUCUAUAUUAACCUAACCAUCUCAACUCGUAAUGAAAAACCUUAUUGGAAUGGUUAUGAAAUAUGGUAUCUGAACACUUCUCUCUUGGCCAGAGCUUAUUGUCAUGGAAAAUAGCCCAUUAAAACAUUGUUAAAUGUUCACUAUAUCGAGCUCAAACCCAACAAAGAAAGUUGUAUUGGAGAGGUGAGUGCCAAAAUCACCUGUUGCAAACCAACUGUACCCGUCAAAAGUUUGGUCACGCAUUAAUUUAAAGGUGUUUCAUUAUUUUUAUUAUUUUACACAUUGUAGUGUAUUAAUGAAGACAUCAAAACUUUGAAAUAACACAUGAAAUCAUGUAGUAACCAAAAGAGUGUUAAACAAAUCAAAAUACAUGUAUGUUUUAGCUCCUUCAAAGUAGCCAAACUUUGCCUUGAUAACUGCUUUGCACACUCUUGGCAUUGUCUGAACCAGCUUCAUGAGGUAGUCAUCUGGAAUGCAUUUCCAACAGUCUUGACAGGUUCCCACAUACGCUGAACACUGCUGUUCCUUCACUAUGAGGUCCAACUCAUACCAAACCCUUGCAACUGGGUUGAGGUUGGUGAUUGUGGAGGCCAGGUCAUCUGAUGCAGCGCCACCAUUCUCCUUGGUCUCAUAGGCCUUACGCAGUCUGUGGGUGUGUUUUGAGUCAAUAUCAUGUUGAAGAACAAAUGAUAGCCUGACACAUUUACUUUUACACAGGGCACACCUGUCAAUUGAGAUGCAUUCCUGGUGACUACCUCAUGACGCUGGAUGAGAGAAUGCAAAGAUUGCAAUGUUGUCACCAAGGCAAAGGGUGGCUUUA